UGGACUGAUGUGCUAAUGCCCUCAGUUAUAUCCCACUUAAAAGUGUAAAUGCAACAUACUGAUGUAAAUAAUUGAAUGUUUAUUAUUAUAAAGUAUGUUUGUUUGGUACUUCAGCGAUAUAUCAUAAAAGUAACUUUGCCAAAGCCAAUGGCUAGCCUGUUAGACUAAACUGCGAUCUCACAUUACAUCCUGACAAUCAGCUCAACAUCUCUCCUGAUUAUAAAUAUCCAUGUAAAACCUGCCAACAUCACAUUAAAAUCACAGGUUAUCAAUCUAAAGGUUGUUAUUAUGUGUAGCAGCACAGCAGUUUACCUGUUAUCAGCUACUUCGGUUGUCUUUGGUGGCUAGGCUAACAGCAGAAUUACUUUUAGGACAUUACAGAAACCACCAUGUGUAGAUUAAAAAAAAGUAGAAUAAGAAAAUCUCGCAUUACUUUACUUACAGCACUCUAUUGCAUCUACAUUGUCUGUUUCGACAAAAAAAUAGUGAAGGCACUCAGAUGGCACAUCACUGACUGACAAACUGGUCCAAUGACUAGUGACAUGCUACAGAACCACCUGCAUCCAAUGCUGAGCUACGAACAAAUGCUUCAGUACCACUGGCAUAUGUCAUGUCAGCUAAGUGACCUGUCAUAGGUGAAUUUAGUCUGGGACCUCAUGGAUAUUUUUGUUGCCUCCCCUUUAAAAACUGUAAAAAAAAAACUCCAGCAGUAAACAUAAAAGGUUGAUCAGUUACAGAGAUGAUCAAAAUCAUGUCACUAAACUUUAAACAGCAGGCGUAAUUCUGUCACACAAUAUUGUUGCAUCCAAUCAUUUUGUUGAGCUGUAGAGUUAUUCAGAAUCAAAAUCAGAAAUACUUUAUAAUCCCCAGGGAGAAACUGCUUUUUGUCACAGUAACUCCAGUGCAAAUAAAGUAGAAAAAGGAGAUAAUAGAUACAAUAAGUAAAAAUAAAGAGGUAAUAUACAAGUAUGUACACUAUAUACACUAAAAAUAGUAAAAUAGUAUGCAUGUAAACAGUAAGGGGCGUCCAGGUGAAGACUACUGAGUUAUUGGUCAGGGUUAGGUCUUUCAAACAGACUAUUGUGUUGAGUCUCGUAAUCCUAACUUCCCAUAAAGCAAAGGUUACCUCCUCUCUGCGUUUCUGCCACCGACCACAGGGACUCUCCUCCAGGAUCUCUGACUCAUCUUCACUUUCAUCCUCAUCCUCGGUUGCUGUGGUGACAGGAGGCUGUAUGGAGGCCACAGGAGUAGACGCAGAUGCUACAUCUUGUGCCUGUUGAGGAUGAGUGGGCACGUGUCCUGGAGUGACCUCUGAUACGUUUCCCUCUGUAACCGCAGCUCCUUUCCCCUGUGCCUCAGACAUUAUGACACAAUUUUAACGUCUGUCUUCUUUCUUUAUCCAAGCUGGUCCUGGAGGCUGCAGUAGUGUGGAAAGAAAACUUUCCUGCUUUCUUCUCUCUGUGUGCUGGUUACAAAUCCAUGUUCAUCUGUCCUGGCUUUCAACAGGGUACAGCUAAAGAAGGAAGAACUGCAAACAAAUGAAACAUGUAGACAGAGAAGGCUUUUGUUACCUUUUGCAACAACGUUGGAGGUAUCACAUGUAAAGAUCAGUCGCCCUUAAACACCUCUGUUAGUUUAUAACUAUGACAUAAACCUAUCUCGUGUACUGGUUGUUUGUACUCAGAAACAAACUAACCCCACUGAUAGAGGACAUCAAAGGUUCACUCAAUCCAUCCGGUAACCUAGCAAACCUGGCACUUGAAUGCUACAGCUAAAGCUCAACAUUAGCUCGCAGAGGUGCCAAACUUUCCCCAGCUAACAGGCUAAUGUAAGGUAAAUAAACAAAUGAAUAACUCCAAUUAGAGGAGGAAAGCAAAGCAGUCUUACCGUGGAGGAGGGCACUACCACGUCAGCUGUGUUUCUGACUUACAUGUUGAUGUAAAACACUUCAAAGAAACCUUUCAUACUUAGAAUUGUAGUUCGUCGUAAAAUAUGUUGAGCUUCCAGUCCCUUUCUCUCAGCAGUAUUGGGAGGGGCGGGGCUACACUUAGGGAGCGUUUGUUUGCGCAGAGAAAACGCAGGUCGUGGAGUCAAUAGCGGUCAAAAUGGUAAAAGUUGUACAAAAAUGUAUAAUACUAUGAAUGGAAAAAAACAGCAUGGACCACUUUUGUGAAAUUUAUUUCGUAAACCGAAGCACAGCUGAGUUUAGUGAGUCACUUCAUGCGGCACACUGUCUGUUUGUUUUCCUCACAGUUUAGUAGUGAUGGGCAAGGCAGCUCUUUUAGAUGUACUGAAUCACUAGAAUCAGUUCACUAAAAAGAUUCGUUCGAAAGACUCGUUCACCAAAUCACUGAAUCAUUUAGCGGGAGAAGCCUGCGACUCCGACCUCCUGAACUGAUACACAGCUGAACAUUUCAGGAUUUAAUUCAAUUCAUAGCUUCUGGGACUGGGAAACACGAGUGUUUGGCUGUGUUGCUCUGGCAAACAGGUUGGUAAAAAUGAACCUGUUUAUAAGUCAUGCUGUUUUAAGUGAAAUACUGUCCUAUGGUAUGCUAUUUAUCGGGUCUUCUCGGUAAUUGGGGUCAGUGAGUUAUUCGUUCGCUUAACGUUAAGAAGAAUUCACACUGAUCAUACACCAUUCCCUUGCAAACCGCUGCAAUGAUAGGAUGCUGCAGGUUUAAUGCACUGCUUGUUACAUGCUGUGUCCUAUUGUAUGCAAGUUGUUGUGGUGGCAAUUUAGCAGUGGCAAUUCUGUUUCUUAUUUCAGCACAACUGGUGAGAAAAAAACGAAUCACUCGAGGAAGUGAUUCGGUUCAGUACGUUCACUUAAAAGAUUAGUUUCUUUUGAAGGAAUCGUUCGCGAACGACUCAACACUACAGUUGAGCAUUAUCCUGCCACUGACACUGAACAGCGUCGCUGUCCUUGCCAUUUCACGUUUUUUUUUUUCAAAUUAAAAGACUUCCAGCAACCUUGUUACAGAUAACACAUUAGACACUCGUAUUCUAAUAGAGGACUCAAAGCGCAUUUUUGUCAUUUUUAAAUUCCUGUCUCAAUUUGUGGAAUCUAAAAUCAAGCGCAUGUCUGACAGUGAGCAGAUCAAAUAACAGUCAAGAUAGUUCACCGUUCAUCGCAGUGGCUAGGAUGGAGCACGAGGCAUACAAAUAUCUAAAUAAAGUGACCAAAAAAAGGAAAAAAAUACAUCACUUUUGGGUAUAAUAAAAUGUUAUUUUCUAUAAAUUUGAGAGUGUAAUCCACAAUAUUUGUAAAAUAUAUAUUCGAGGGUUCUCGGGCGCCGAAGCGGAAGCUGUUAGCGGCGAAUCCUCUUGCCUCGCCUGAAUACAGUUUGUACAGCUGUUUCUCGUUGCUAAUUUUCUGCGCAAGAUGCUAUCUACGAUUUGGUUACAUGCAAGGCACCGAUGCAAACAAGCCUGCAUGGAAAAUAAUGGAAUUAUUGUGUGGAUUUCUUCUGGAUAAAAAGACCCUUGUCUCUCUCCGCCCACAAUGUGGAGACCUAAACAUACUGACGCCGUCCUCAUAGGUCGUGAGUAGCGGGUAUUUUAUGGACGAUGGGGCGAAGGAAAGGUUGUUAGGCUGGGGGAGUCGGGACAUCGACUGAGCUGGAGAGAGGAGCGUUAGCAGGGGCUAGCUUUAGAGACAGGAUCUGCUAAAGAGGAAUAGUGACUUCUAACAGCAGCUCUGUCAUCAUCAUGGCUACAAAUGGUAACAGCCCGACGCCUGGGAUGGGGGAUAUCAUCCAGCUGAAUGUCGGUGGGACGAGGUAAGCUCCUCUGACAGGUUAUCAUCUGGGAUUGGGGUAUUUAUGCUUGGCUGCAUUUUUGUUUAAUUUUAUAUGUAUAACCAAGCAACUGUGGAUGUACUCAGGAUUAUUACACUUGUAAGUGACAUGGUUGUUAGUUAAAUGUUGUUUAAGUUACUUCAUCAUGACUCUGUUUUGAGUGUUUAGUUUUUUCUUCACAGCCCACCAAGAUCAGUUUUUUUAAUACUUCAAUUUGCAACUCUUGGAACUGUAUUAAAGGUUACGUCAAUUUAUUCAUCCACUGCUUUCAAAUGACAAUGAUUGUUUUUAAUUAUUGUGUGUUUAUUUGUAGGUUCAGCACCUCCAGACAGACUCUAAUGUGGAUCCCAGACUCUUUCUUCUCAAGGUUUGUUAAAUGUAAAAACAGAGUGCAAAUAUUCUUCUUGUCUUGAUCAAUUCAAAGUCACAAAACGCUAUCAGUGCUAAAAACACAAGAAUCCUUCACGGCUCAUGUUUCCAUUAGUUGUCUAAUUGGGACGUAAGCACCCUGGAAAAAGGAAGCUUAAUGUCCGUAUAUAACCUCAUGUAGGGUUAGGUAUUUAAAAGCAGUAGGCUCUUAAAAAAACAACAAACAUGGAGUGGAUUUAACUUCUCUGGACAUCCCCUGAGGUGAAGCUUGUUUAACUACCUACAGCAUCAGUGAACCCAGCAAGAAACAGGUCAAUGGAAAGACAGCAUGCUAAGCAACCCAGUAAAACAGAAUUCACAUUACAUAAUUCAUGUUAAGUAGGCAUGUUCCAUUAUCUCCUCUCUCUUGUCACACAGUAUGUCUGCUGGUCUAGUGAUGGAAAAAGUCAUGGGCUGCAAUUACAGUCAGUUACAAUUGAAAGACAGUGAAAAACAAGCUGCUGAACUCCAUAAAAUGUUUAACCUUUUGUUUGUAAUUUAAGAGAGGCAGUGUUUUCCUCAGUUAUCUAUUAUUUAUGUGAAACAGUGCUCCUAUAUUACCUGGUUUAAAUAACAUUAGAUUUUUCUUUCAACCAUAUAUGAGUUAAAGUUUAGCAUUUGGGAGUGUAUUCUCACAUUUCUUUCUUGUUAUGUAGCCUCAGAGAAGCUUACUUAUGCAGUGUUUGAGAGGAAUCCACAGUUAAAGUGAAACAGAUGAUUGGGGCCGGGCAGAUACCACAGUUGUAACAAACUCAAACAAUAAACUGAGCUCCAACAUUGACAACAGCUGACCUAGUAAUGCUUAAUGCCUGUUGAUGCACCUGUCUGUCUGCCUGCCUGCCUGCCUGCCUGUCAGUAAGUCUGCUCGCAGCUGUUUGCAGACAAUGUAAAAGCACUCCCUCUCUCAUAUACGCAUUUAUCUGUAGCUCAGAGAUAGCAGCUUAGUGUGCUUGUUAGUGUGUGUGUGGACUUCAGGUAGUGGUGACUCUGAUGGUUAGUGGAAAAUGAGAAGUGCUCGGGUUAACUGGGGCUCUGUGGGUGUGUGUUUGUGUGUGUCCAUGUCUGUGUGUCUAGUUUGCUGAGUGGAAGGAUAUCCACCCUUCGGGAUGAAACUGGAGCUGUGAGUAGAACCUUUGUAGUUCCCUUUUCAAAAACAAGCACAAAGUUAGCAGGCAUCAUGCAACAUCUGAAAAUGAUCUGAAAUGUUCCUGCAGAUGUGGGCUGACAUCUGUUGUGUCCUGCUGCAGCUCAAUAAAUAGUCUUGAUUUAUUAGCUUAUUAUAAGAUGAUGCACUGUUCAAUCACUUUGUUGAUUAAAUGUGAAGUGAAACAUCUCAUCAUUAUUGUUGUGAAUGGUUCUUACUGCUGUAUUCAUGUUCAGAAAAUGAUUUUUUACGCUGAAAAAACAUGUGAACAUAUUAUUUUUUAAUAUCCUAGCACAAUAGGCUAAAAGCAUGGUGCAACACUUUGUACUGAAACCAGUUACCUUAUUAAACAGGUGAUGUAGCCCUACAUUUACAUCAUUGUGUACGUUCCUUUUCUUUCAGAUAUUUAUUGACAGAGAUCCUACAGCUUUUGCACCAAUUUUGAAUUUUCUCCGAACCAAAGAACUAGACCUCCGGUAAGAAGUCAAAACAACUUUGAAAAAUGUCCUUGAGUAAAAAAACGAUGGGACGUCAAAAGUGAAAAAUUCAGUUUUUUUUCCUUGCAGUGGUGUCAACAUCAGUGUCCUACGACAUGAAGCAGAGUUUUAUGGGAUAACUCCUUUAGGUGAGUAUGAAUCCUUCACAUCUUUUAUUUUGAAGUCUCACUAUCAAGACUCCAACACACCUCUGUCUGUGUCUACAACAAAACCAGGUGUUGCACGUCAACUAAGCACGCAGGUGUUCUGGAUACAGUUUGAACAGCUUUGUGUUGCGAAGAUUUAUUGCCAAAUGUGAUGUCAGGUGUUGUUUCGGCUCCAGAUAAAACUUGGCUGCGGUUAGAACCUCAUUGCUGUAGCUCCAUGAGCUCUGAGGUUAUUUUACUUCCUGUUUCAGCGUUUGUAACUUCCCUGCAUUGUCUGUACUUGAAUGGGAAAGUUAUCUUUGUGAAAUCUGAUCACCAGUCUAGCAUCAUAAUAUGCAAAACAAUACAUCUGAUACAAUGCAAAGUCAUAAAACUAUCUAAAUGACAGCCAACAAAACACAGGGUCUAAUUUUUUUUUGCGUGGAAUUAAAAAAGUAAAGGAAAAUAAGGACAAAGAGUGUAAGCUUAGAAAUAAAAACAUGUGAUCUACAGUCAUUGAAUAAGUUUUCAGCUAACGUAGAUCAAUACCUCUUUUGUAUAUGUAUUUGUGUUUCUACAUGUGUGUGCAGUGCGGCGCCUGCUGCUGUGUGAGGAACUGGACCGCUCAUCAUGUGGCAGCGUUCUCUUCCACGGUUAUCUGCCGCCUCCAGGUAAAAAUGGGAAACUAUGUUCCCCCCCCCCAAAAAAAAUGAACUACUAAAAUGUAAACAGAUUGUUCCGGCGCAGAAGUACUAACUGGUGCAUAAAUUAUUUGUAUGAAAGCAGUGACCUAUUUUGUAAUCUCUGUGUAUCUGCCUCAAACAGCCAUCCCCGCCCGUAAGUCCAGCCCUGCCUCAGCAGCCUCUGGCUCCUCGUCUGAUGAGCGACCUGGUCCGAGUGGAGCUGAGGGCUUCACCCGGGUGGGACCCCCUCUUCAUCCGUCCCUCUCACCUGGGACAGACGACAACCAUAAACUGGGUUAGUAGCAACGCAUGGAGUGUGCUUCAAUGUAAAUGAAAACAGAGGUUAAAAAAAUAUGAAUUGAACAUGUGCAAACAAAUGAACUCGGCUCUGUCAAAUGUCAAGAGAAAGAGCAAAUAUAACAAUGUCACUUUCACACCGCCUCAUCUUAAGGAGUACAUGUCCUCAUGCUGUUCAGGCCUAGGUUCUGCAUGUUCAUGUGAGUCACAUCUGUAUGUGUGUGUGAUGGUAAUAGUGAUUAAUUUACAUAUGCUCUGUGAAUGGGAGUUUGUGUAUGUCAGGGAGUGGGCUUUAAUGCUGCCGCUAAUGUGACCUGACACAUCCUUUUAGCUAACAGCACGGACUGAGGUAGCCUAGUUUCCCAUCAGCCCGCUCUUUGUUGAGGAUGACAUCAGACGAUACAAUGAGCUGCAGUGAACAAUGAGAGUGUGUUCCCCAGACUGAUGUGGAGUGAUUCAAGAUCUGAUUCAUUCUUUCUUUUAGAGAUUUCCAUUUCUGCCAGAAUAUAUAAAACAAUGUAGAGUGAUGUAAAUAUAAAGUAAAAACUGAGUCUGAUUAUGAUUACGAGGCAUUAAUAUUAACAGCCCAAUGUGUGUGUAUAUAUGUAGGUCCCGUGGUCGAUCCCAGGAAGGUGCUGAUUGUCGCUGGUCAUCACAACUGGAUUGUAGCAGCUUAUGCACACUUUGUAAUCUGCUACAGGUAAGAAACCUGGUUGGUUAAAUAGUUUCUCAUCCACUCCUUAAAUCUUAAAGGAGUGAGUUUUAAUUAUUUAUGAUGAGAGGAUGGUAUCAAGAUGUCAUCCUCGUCUCACAGCAUGUCCAGUUAAAAUAGUGUAAAUUAGCUUCAGCUUAUUUAAAAACAUUUAGAAGUGAAUCUAAUCCUCUCUGUGUUGUUAUGCCAGUGCCUAAAUAUUUCUUUGAACGUGUGUCUCACUUUAGGAUAAAGGAGUCCUCUGGGUGGCAGCAGGUGUUUUCCUCUCCUUACCUUGACUGGACCAUUGAACGCAUCGCACUGAACGCUAAGGUGGUGGGUGGGCCGCAUGGAGACAAGGACAAGAUGGUAGCUGCAGCGUCUGGAAGCAGCAUCAUUCUCUGGAGUAUCCAAGAUGGAGGCAGCGGCAAUGAGAUAGGUAAACACAGAUCCUCUACACUGGUGGACUCUGAGAGAGCUGUGCAGUCAGGGAAGCUCCUGUGUACUCUGUAGGAAUGACACAAAUGAUUUAAUCACGCAGAGCUGCUCCACUUCAGUCAAUAACACCAGAAUGUCUGCUUUUUUUCAUAUUCAUUUCUCUAACGCAGUGAUUUUAGCUGUUUUUUCCCCUUUUGUUCCUUGGGAGCAUCAUUUAAAGAGAUCUCAUAUUGUUUUCAGCUGGAGCUCUUGUGUGCACUUGCGUUUUUGCACCUCAAUGUAUCACCAAACUAGAUUGGAAAAAGGAGAUUUUUGCUUUUUUUUUUUUUUUUCUUUACAAUCGGUGUAUUUGUGAUUCCUUCGACCUCCUGCAUUCUGUGACUCAGCCUCCACACCGCCUCCUCUGUCUCCCCAUCACUCCAGGUGUGUUCAGUCUGGGCGUACCUGUGGAUGAUCUCUUCUUUAUUGGGAACCAGUUGGUGGCCACAAGCCACACAGGCAAGGUCGGGGUGUGGAAUGCCGUCACACAGCACUGGCAGGUAGGAGGGAGUGUGUGUAUGUAUGAAUAGAGGACUGAUUAAACAUGUUUUAGAGUUUACUUUUCUGCUUGGUGCAUGAACUUAUCUGGAGGGUUUAAUUGGGGUCUUGGUGACAGUGUAGAGACUUUUAUAGUCUUUUAUUUCACUUCUGGUGUUGCUCAGUGGUAAAUCUACAUAGACACAACUGUGCACUGAUGUGGGUGAAUUUGUGUGUGUGUGUGUGUGUGUGUAUCAGGUUCAAGAUGUGGUUCCUAUUACCAGUUGUGACACAGCGGGAUCCUUCCUUCUUUUGGGCUGCAACAACGGCUCUAUCUACUACAUCGGUACAUACAUACAUGUUUGACUCACAUAUACAUGUACCAACAUGGUGUCAGAUUAAAUGAGAUGUGUGAAGUCUAAACCAUUACAAAACAGGACAUCACUACCCUGCUCUUUGUUUGAGCACAUACUGUGUCUUCUCUUGACUGUUUGAAUUAUCGGAAGGUUUUAAUGAAGGGAUUUGAUUCUGAAUCCAGGUUAUAAAAAUAUGUUUAAACAUCAAUGCGUCUCUUCUUCUUCUUUAGACAUGCAAAAGUUUCCUCUGAGGAUGAAGGAUAAUGAUCUUCUGGUGACUGAACUUUAUCAUGACCCCUCAAACGAUGCCAUCACUGCCCUGUCCGUCUACCUCACGCCUAAAACCAGUCAGUAAUUUACUACGAUUGCCUUUCUCCAGAAGAGCAACAAUUAAAAAAAAAUACACUUAAAAUGGUUUUCUUAUAGUUAUAAACCAGUUAACAGUUUUUCUUUCAAUCUCUCUGUGUUUUCAGGUGUGAGUGGUAACUGGAUCGAGAUAGCCUAUGGGACCAGCAGCGGUGCAGUGAGAGUGAUCGUGCAGCACCCAGAGACAGUGGGAUCAGGACCUCAGCUGUUUCAGACAUUCACUGUACACAGGAGCCCUGUGACGAAGAUCAUGCUGUCAGAGAAACAUCUGGUGUCAGGUGAGGAGAGGGGGACAGAUACAAGGAUCCAUGGUGGUAAAGAUAGAGCUCGGUUAAGCAAUAGAGUACUAAACCUGUAGACCUCUCAUCGAAAUCAUGUAUGGUCUGUGAUCCAGUGUGCGCGGACAACAAUCACGUUCGGACGUGGACAGUGACCCGGUUCAGAGGGAUGAUCUCCACCCAGCCGGGCUCCACCCCUCUGGCUUCCUUCAAAAUCCUCUCACUGGAGGAGACAGAGAGCCACGGGAGCUACUGCUCUGGAAACGACAUAGGUAAGAGAAGAGAGCAGAGAAUAAACAUGAAGGCAGCAUGAGGGAGCUGUGGUCAGUUUAUGAGGAGGAAGUCCUAGGUUCUGUCCUAGGAAGAGAGAUAACACUCUGAAACUCUAAAGUAGGUUUCAGUCUUUUUAGGUAGCACCAAUGUUGAUAUCUGGCACACUCAAACCUUUAUGUGUGAACAUGUGUAGUGAAAGCCUUACACUUAAAACAGACCUGAAUGAGGAAACAGAAUACAGUUUUUUAUUUUAAUUUGAUCAAAGAGAUCAUAAGUUAGUAAAAAAGGUAAUCGUGCAAAAAUGUUUGAAACUUGUUACUAUAUUUUAAUCAUUUUUUUUACAAACUGUGAGGCUUCUUAUACCUACAUGAAACAGCUGACCUGUGUUUAGACACUAACUUUGUUUCCUGUUCUCAGGUCCGUUUGGAGAGAGAGACGAUCAGCAGGUUUUCAUACAGAAGGUGAUCCCCAUCACCAACAAACUCUUUGUGAGGCUCUCAUCUACUGGAAAGAGGUAAAAUAUUCUCCAUCUACCUCUGUUUGUCCCCCUCAGUUGGUCUUAUUGUAUCACAUAUAAAGUUCAGUCUUUCUGCAGUUUCUGUAAAUAAUGUUUACACCUUGUCAUAACCAGAGCCCAGGUAUGUUGGCAGCAAUGAGUAAUGGCUGAGCUGGCUGGGCACCUGUGUAGUGUUUUUCAGUUUAUCUAUAAAUUUGAGUGAUUUUAUUUGACCAUUUGGUAAACUCUGGUUUUUAGAUAUGAAGCUUAUGGGAAGUGCUAAAAGCUGCAGUUCCACAAAUGUCCACUUGAGGCUGACUGCAAGACCUCCAGAAACAACAUAUACACCUAUCCAGAAAUAUACAUGCCAAAGUAAACAUGUUUUCAGUCUGGCUUACAAACAGCUUUUUGUCACACUCUAUAUCGAGGGGAGUGGAUCAUUUAAAACAACUACAUAAGUUUUGGAUCUUUUAUGGCUGACUUCAUUGACAGAUUGACACUAGCAGAUAGCAAGGAGGUCUAAGGGCCACUUCAACUCCACCUCCUUGCCUCUAGUUAGGCUGACCAGCAGAAAGGUUGAGUCAGCAGUUCUGUCGAGUGACUGCUGACAUGUUGACAUGUGUGUAUCUGUGUGUGUCAGGAUCUGUGAGGUACAGUCUGUGGAUGGGACCACCAUCACUUGCUUCAUGGUACGGGAGUGUGAGGGCUCCAGCCGGAUGGGAUCUCGACCACGCCGCUAUCUCUUCACGGGUCACGGCAACGGCAGCAUCCAGAUGUGGGACCUGACUACAGCCAUGGACACGGCUAAUAAAGGAGAGGAGAAAAAGAGAGAGGGUGAGGGAAGAGACAGCAGAAGAGAAAAAGGAGGGGGUGGAUGUAGAUGCGUAUGUUCUGAAGUUACCUUUGUUGUCAUAGAUGUGGGCGGGCCGACAGAGGAAGAGCUCCUGCAGCUGCUGGACCAGUGCGACCUGAGCACGUCUCGCUGUGCUACACCAAAUAUUAGCCCCGCCCCCUCUGUGCUGCAUCACACACGCCUCCGAGAGUCCUGCUCAAGGUGAGGAGGGAGGAAGUUCAAACAUAUAUGAUGUUACAGGUUUAUUUUUAGGAGGAAAAGUAUAAAAGUCAGGGACUUGAUAUCCAAGAACAACUUUUUACUUUCUUUACUCUGAGCCAGUCAGUUGUCAUCCUCUGCCCUUAUUGCUGUGUAAAGAUUUCUUUCAUGAACUUCUGACAAUCUUACAAAUCUUCCUCUGUAUUGCUAAUAGUCUGCAGCUACAGACCCAGGAGCCCAUCCCUGAGAGCCAGCCUACUUACGGAGCAGUGCGACCCUACAGAGAAAGCCCACUGCUGGCCCGUGCCAGGAGAACAGAGUCCUUCCACAGCUACCGGUAAAGAUCUUUACACAUUUGAAACGCAAAAUGGUAUAUCAGAGUGUCAGCGCAAAAAGUGAGUGACCAGUGAGAAACCCUCAGCUGUGGUUCAAGAUUUAGAUUUCAGCAGCUGCUCUUAUUAACUUGUCUUCUGUUUAAAAAAAGGGCGCCCUCAUAUAAAGGUGUUAACAGCAACUUUUAAAACACGGUGGCUGUGUACCAUUUUUAUUUUUUGAUGCACUCAUAAACUAAAAGUCAAAUUCAUUCUUCUGUGAAAGUGAAAAUGAAGAUGAUAAUUCACAAACCUGUUAAACUGGAACGAUACAAGAGGGCUUUAGAAGAGAUUUAUUUUAUCAUCAAAGGGCUCGACGAUUAAAACUUGUCUUCUUGUUUUUUGGGGGGCACACAUCAGUCCAUGUCUUGCAUAACCAGAUCUAGAGUUCUUGACCAAUCAGGUGUGACUAGAGCAGGAAAAAGUGCAGUGCUGUGGUAUCUUACAGUCAGGAGUGAGGGUCUGUGUGAAGUUUCAGAGAUCUCACUCUGAUGAUAUCAUAUUCAUGGUUGAAGAAGGCUGAGUUGUCCUCCGUCUUACUCCUCACAGAGACUUCCAGAACUUCAGCCUGAGUCGGGGCAUGUUGGACUCACAGGGCCCCAGCCAGCCCCCUGACGGCCGGCGUUCGCUCUGUGACUUUGGGCCUGACGACAGCGAGAGGAGAUCGUCGGUGAUGGAGCUGUGGGCCUGUCGAACAGCCAGCUCCAGCUCUUCUACAUCUAUUGGGGGCCUGUGUGGGAUGAAGGCUGAAGGUGGUCCAGAGUCCCCAAAGCACCCUCCUGACAGCCCCAUUCCCGGAGGUGAUGUUAGGCGAAAGGUGCUCCAGCAACCAGAGGAAGGCGAGACUGUGGGGUCAGGGGGAGAUGGGGGGAAAGCAGACGGAGGUGUGAGGAAGAGAGGGGUGCUAGAAGGAGGCUUCCUAGGGAGGAAGAGGGCGCCUCCAGUCCCUCACCUCUCCUCCCUCCCCUCUGGCUCUGAUGGUGGGGGCAGCGACUCAUCCUCCAAUGCUUCCCCUUCCCCAACCAAACUCUCCUCCUCCACCUCACCACGACACAGGAAGCUGGCCACCGAGCUGUCCAAUCAGGACAGCAGCCUGUGACGGUGUAUCUGCCCCUCUGACCCCUCGUGACUUUUGCAUCAGAGUAGUUUUAUUAGUGAGGCCCCCUGCUGGUGCAUCUUAUCAGAAGAGGAACAUGGCAUCAGCUGAAACAGGUUUUUAAAUGAGGUAACUGGAUGAAAGACCUAGAUGAGUUUGUUCCCCAGGACUCGCCUUUACUCCGUUUGCUCCCUGCACUGAAAUCUUAAAGCUUUUAUAUUUGAAGUCAGUGUCGUCAUACUUUAGAGUCCAAACGUUGUUAUGCAGCAUGAGCUAACAGCAUGCCGUCUCAGCUGGGGCAGGAGUGCAUUCUGUUUUUGAUCUUUGCAAACUCUUCAAGUUCUACCACUCUUUCAAACUCGCUUGGUACAACUGGAGAUGGCGCUUUCUAAGCCUUCUGACUUUGCGUAUGAGAGCAGUAUGUUCAGUAUCCAAUCAGCCAUUAGAGCCACUGAAGCUGAUUUCUCACUCCAUUUUUGACGCUCACAUUAUGACCAACUUACAGCAACAAGAGAAACAUGCUAGUGUCUGUUUGACCAUGUGUCACUGAGGGCAUUUUUCCUGUGUGUUUGGAUUGUUGGGACGCUUUUAUACAGACAGAUUGACUCUUCAAUUCAUCAACCUAUCAAGGUCUGCAAAGGGAAACAUUAGUAGCAGAGCUUGAGUAUUUGAGUGAGAGUUUCAAACACUAUUGAAGAAGGGCUUUGUCUAGUGAUGACCUUAAACUGUUAGUGAAAGGAAUACUGACUUAAAGGGAUAUUGCAGCGUAAAAUUACACACUGAGUUAGACACCCCCUCGAGAGAUGAAUGUUGCCGACUGCUUGCUUCUCUAGUUAUUUUAGUAAGUUACCAAGUUACCAAUUUUAGUAACGGCUGCACGAUAGCAAUACACAGCGGUCUCAAGAGCCAUGCGUUUAACCAAAAAGCCACUCCAUAGCCACAUAUAGGGUCCCAGCUAUAGUACUAGCCUCCAAACAUUGUUUUAACUUUGCUUAAUUUCUUUAGCAAAAAGACUAAACAAAACUCACCUGCUCUCUUCCAGCAGCCGCUUGUUUGUAGCGAGACCUUGACCAGUCCAUUGACUGCUGCGGGGUGACGCAGCUCAAGGAAGAACAUUUAUGAUCAUUACUUUAUCAUUUCCUUGGAGUAAUUAUCACCAUAUGUCAUCCCGCUGUAGUCCUGAUGGACUGGCCUGAGGUCUUGCUACAAACAAGUGGCUGCUGGAAGAGAGUAGGUGAGUUGUGUUUAGUCUCUUUGCUAAAGAAAUUAGGCAAAGUUAAAAAGAUGUUUGGUGGCUAGUACUAUGGCUGGGACCCUAUAUGUACUGUUGAUGAAGUUAGGUGCUGUUCUGAGCAUUAUUUGUGGUUAUAGAGUGGCGAUUUGGUUGAGGUUUGUUUAUGGCUCCUCAGACCUCUGUGUAUUGCUAUCGUGCGGUUGUUACCUAAGUUGGUUUGACUAGAGAAGCAAGCGGUCGGCAACAUUCAUCUCUCAAAGUGUGUGUCUAACUCAGUGUUACAGUGUGUUUGACCAUAAAUUAAUUUUACGCUGGAAUAUCCCUUUAGCAAAGACAUCUGUAUACUCCGACUUUUUCACUCAGAAAACACAAACUACAAUUGGUACAGUAACAGUUAUUGUCUUCUGGGGCCACAGACAAAUGAAAAGUUCCUCACACAAGCUUUAAAGAUUGUUUUUCAAAAGGAUCAGGCUCCUUUUGAAAAAAACGCAUUUAGACGACAGAAUUCAUAAUAACCCUGUCAAGUGUCUGAUAAGGUAUGUGCAAUACAAAUAACUCCAGAAGUUUACCUUAAACAUGUCACCCAGGCCAAAACCCUGGCAGCUACUUGAAUCUGAAUGCUGCAGUCUGAGACACAGCGCUAAUAGUUGAAUGACUGACACCAAAAGUUCUUGAGCAGUACAGCAACUUUGCCAUUAUUCCAGUAUGCAGUAAAUCCUGGUGUUUGAUGGCUCCGUGAGAAGGAAGUGACUGUGGACUUUAACACAUAGAUGACAUGUUAGCUUUGGUGGUGCUGAAUGCUGAUGUCAGGCUCAUAUAGUGACAGACAAAUGACAUUAUUUUCUGCAAAAGUAGCAUCGAAGCAUCUGACAGCCAAGAAGAAAUCUGGAAACUCUGACAUUUAUAGUUUCUAAUUUGCUAAAUGUCUGCUUUAAAAAAAGGGUUUUAAUUUUAAGUGCAAAUUUGAAAACAAGUGAAUCUUCAUUUUGAGCAGGAAGAAAUCAUUCAUAUUGAUCAGUCGUAGAAACUUUUACAGAAGCAGAGAGAGAGAGCAGAGGGUAAUCAUCGAUUAUUAUAUGUGGUGCCUGCGCAAGAUCACACCUCUUUUUUUUGCAGUAUAGAUAUAUUUUCUUCAUUUUUACAGGACAUCUACUACACUUUAGUAGAUCAAGGACCUACACUACAUCACUUUACUCUGACACAUCUUUUUAUUUGUCUUGUUUAGUUUUGGAUGACUGUUGCAGUGCCUUAUUUUACUUGUUUGACGGUUAUCAGCACGUGUGUUUGUGGAUGUAUGUGUGUGUGUGUGUGUGUUUUGGUUGAAAAGGAUUCAGACCAAAGGUGUGUGAAGGCUGAGCUCGUUGUGGAGCCACAGUAUGGGCCUGACUGAUUCUUGAUAGAUUUGUCUUACGAUGGACCGACACCAGACCAGACUUUAAGAGUGGUUGGUUUGACUGAUAGACAUCACAUAAGAAAAAGUUAACUACUAUUAAAUACAGUGGAUGAUACUGACUUAAACUGGAACAUCUGUACGACCUCCACAAACAAGGAGGAUAAUCAUCUUUAGCAUGAUCUUUUGAGUUCGUAUGAAACAUCUCAUUAACUCUACAGUGUAAAAGGGUCAAAAAUGAUGUGAUUGAAAGAAACACGUGCACCUUUGAGAUGAUAAUGUUAUAAAGGCAUUAAAUGGAGAUGAAAGUGGGAUGGUCGGAGCAUUGAUCGGCGUAGAUGAGCAUGCUAAUUUUGUUAGCUACUUUAUGAUCUCCACACUGUUUUGUGUUUUCAUAAAAAAAAGAAAACCAGAUACACUCUGGAUCUACGGUACUUUUUUAUCACUUUUUCUGGAGAACACUGAAAACAUAUUUCCGAGGCUUAAAGGCAAAUACGCAGAAAGAAAUCACCUGAUCCAUCAUUUGCCAAAUCAAGCAGCUAUGUGACCUUAUUUUGACAGUUUUCAGCCUCAUUGCUUUCCGUUUCAGGGUUGCACGCUGAGCUGAUCAUGUGAUCUCCUCCUGUCUGUACAAAGAUGUAAAUUGUGUCUCACUUUACUGUGUGUAACGUAAACAUACAUAUUCAGAACAAACUCCUAACAAGGACGCGUUGAUGUGUGUGAUGAUGUUGAAUCGUACACUGUUGCUCAUUACAUAAUAACAUUACAUUGAUAAUCAUUUAUUGCCUAUAUCUCCAUUACCAUGCUAUUGGACCUAACUGCAUUUGCACUUGCACUCUUAAGACUAAUAUUAAAGUAACUUACUAGUGUUUAUUUUAUAUAUUAAAAAAAAUAUGAAGUUUAAAGUGUAUUCAGCACAUAACUGUUUGACUGUCUGUAUCUGUCAUCUCUCACUCCUCUCUGGCUAUGUUUACAUGAUAUUAUAGCCAGGUGUGAGUGAGCUGGAAGAAUACAUAUCUGUUUGUUUCAACUGCCCUGUACAUCAGUGUUUGACAUUGUGUAUGUACGCUGCAUUAUGCUGUGAUAUUAUCAGAAAUGCUUAUAAUAUUGAGCCAUUAUCAAACAGUUUCCACAUUUAACUUUGAGUCUACAUGUUGUUUACGAUACGAAACCUGACGAGAACUCUCAAAACGAGCUCAACUGGCAUUUAUCAAAUAAACGUGUGCUACCAUUUUUCCAUGCUGACCGUUUCUUUAUAAGACGUUAACUCAAGAGAAGGUUUCCUGUGAAAUCUGAUC